AGAAAGUCUUAAUUUCAGAAGUCAGUCUUCUCUGACAUUAUUUUGGAAAGGACUGCAACCUAGAACUUACACUGCACAACAGUCAGUGUUUCAAUUGAUUGUUUGGUGCACAGAAUGGAAGAUUGGAUUGUUUCAUCUAUUAACCCUAGUGGGAUGGCUGAAGUAGAUGAAGGAUCACUUCAAAAGUCCAUGGACAAAAACAAAGAAUCUCUACAAAAGAAGCUUAUGCUUCGAAGACCAAUUAAUCAGCUAGUUGAACAAGGAAUAAUGCCACCUUUAAACACUCCACCUGCAUUCCACGAGCAGCGCCAGAAGCUGGAGCGAGCAAAGAUGGGUGAUUAUCUCAAGAACAAGAUACAAAAGCGACCAGAACGACAAGAACUCAUCCAACAACAUAUUUUGGAAG